AUGUUAAACCCACGCUAUUGGUCUGUGUUUUAUGCGGAGGGCCGUGGAUUUUAUUGUGUUCUCUGUAAGAAGCACAAUGUGAACAACGCCCAGAAAAGAUCACAGACGUUCUCAGAAAGUCCUUCAAGACGUCUAAAGGAGGAUUCGUUGAGGACACAUAUGGCUUCAAGUGUCCAUUCCUCGGCAGUUGAGGCAGACCUGCUUCAACGGAUGUCAGUUUUCCAUCACAACUAUGUUGAACGAAAUGAAGUUCAAACAACGGUUCUUCAAAAUGUGUUUGCCACUGCCUUCUUUCUCAUGAAAGAAUUCAUUGCUAAUCGCAAGCUGAUCCCCCUUAUUAGUUUUAUGGAGAAUGUUUUAGGACUGUCCCAGCUAAAGCACUUCUCCCACCGUUCACAGGGUUCUGUCAGAGAAAUCUAUUUAGCUCUUGGUGAAACUGUGAAGGGAAACCUUUUGGAAAAGGCCAGGAAAGCAAAAAGCUUUGGCAUACUGAUAGAUGAGGUUACCGACAUAUCAGUGGCAUCACAGCUGAUCUCUUUCUUGCAGUUUUGGGAUGAAGAAAGCUACUCUGUCGCAACAGUGUUUCUCUCUUCUCAGAAUAUUUUGGAGUACUUUGCUAGUUGCAACUCAGAAGCCAUUACAGAGCUGGUAAAGAAGGAAUUGUCUGCCUCUGGAUUGGAUAUCUGCAAACUGAUGGGCCUGUCCACAGAUGGGGCAAAUGUGAUGGUUGGAAAGACCAAUGGGGUUGCAGCAAAGAUAAGGCAAAGUAAUGAUAAGCUUCUAAACUUGCAUUGUGUCUGCCACCGCCUUGCACUGGCUUGCACAGACAGCUGUGAGGAACUGAAGUUUAUCAAAGAAGUGGAAGAUGUUCUACGGCAACUAUGGUACUAUUUUCACAAUUCCCCUAAAAAAACCGCAUGUUUUCUUAAGUGCCAAAUUCAGCUGAAGAAAAUCAGUCUCAGUCAUGCUGGCAAAACAAAGAAGCUCCAAGCGAAAAGGCUUAAGAAAGCAUGCCAGACAAGAUGGCUCAGUUUUGAUGCCUCUGUCACUGCAGCCUUGCAGAGCUAUGAAGCUAUUCUCUUGUCUUUAAAUGAUGCUACAGCCAUCGGCUUAAUAAGCAAACUCAAGUCAGUAAAAUUUCUUGGUGCCCUUUAUAUUCUUAAUGCCAUUCUGCCUGUUCUUUCAUGUCUUUCAAGGCAGUUUCAAGCUGGCAAUUUCCAUUUUUCAAUGAUAAGGCCAGCUGUUAAUCGGGCCAUCUCAACUUUGACAAAUUUAAAGACAACCAACCAACCUUUAGACAAACUACAGGCAGACAUUGACUCCUUCACGAACAUGUCCGAUGAUCUGAAGCUCCGCAACGAUACUGGCAAGCAACUGGAAACCCUCUUGGGCAAAUAUGUCGAUGCCUUGAAAACUUUAACAUCAAAGAUCGCCUUGGAAGUUUUCCUGAUGUGA